AUGUCCACACGACCCAAGGGCGAAGACUCCUCGCCUCCCGUAGUGACAGACACAAUGACCUCCACCAAGAAAAGAAAGCACACCUCUGAGGACAAGGAAGCUUCCAAAAAGAAGAAGAGGAGGAAGACUGAAGAUGCGAAAGCGACAGUCGCAACAACAACAGAAGCAGAGCCGGUGACAGACGGAAAGAAGAAAAAGAAGAAGUCUAAAAGCAAAGAUAAAGACAUUGUAGCAACAGCGCAAGAAGAUCGGGCUUCCAGUGAAGUGCACAAUGCCGCACUCCCUGACGCAGCGGCGGAGAACGAAGAGUCCUCGGCACCACCUGCGCUGAACGGAGCAGCGUCGCAAGCCGGAGUUGAAGAAGAAACUGAGAUCGAGGCUGCGGAGUCUCUAAAUCUUCUCGAGUCGGAAGAACCUUCGACAUUCUACUCUACGCGAAUAUCCCUUUACCUCUCGAUACCUGCGAUCUCCCUGGAGACCGCCAGCUCUUCGAUCCUUGCGACCCAUCUUGCACCACUUCUCCUAACCUACUUUCCGCCUGCCCAAGGCAUCGUCCUGGGCUUCUCCGACCCUGUGCUAUCCGCCAAAGCCGGCAGUAGCAAUGACCUCCCUCUCGUGCCUCCAGGAAAUGGCCAGCUGCAACCUCAAGCUGAGGUAUUGUCCAAAACUGCGGAUGAGAACGGCGUGUGUUGGGUUUGGCUCACUGCUACGUUCCUGGUAUUCCGACCAGAGCGUGGCGACGAAUUACAUGGCUGGACCAAUGUAACUUCAGAAGGCUUCGUCGGACUCGUGAGCUACAAUUAUUUCCAGACAGCUGUGCACGAGAGUCGCAUACCUAAGAGUUGGAUAUGGAACGGCCCAACAAAGGAACAACUAGGGAAAAUCAAGAAGAAGGCUAAGAAAGCCAGAUUACGCGACGACAGCGACGAGAACGAGGUCAAAGCAGACGGAGCCGUGGAGGUCGAAGAUUCUGCCGCAGCACCCUAUCAGGAUCGUUUACAGGACGACGGCGGUUUCUUCACGGAUGCCAGUGGCUCGAAGAUCCCACCGACACUGAGAUUUCGGGUGGUGGAUACUGAGGUGGUGCCCGCACACGACAGAACGAAAUGGUCGCUGCAGAUUGACGGAACGUUACUCGACGAGAAAGCCGAGCAAGCAGCGGUUGAGGAAGAACGACGCAGUUUCAAUGCAACGCAACAGCGCAGUCGGUCUCGUACGCCUGGAGGAGAUGUCCUCAUGACUGGGGCAUUGGGGUUGAGUCGUGAGGGCAGCGUUGCUUCAGUGCUGUCCGGGAAUGUCCCGGUUCGACAUAGGAGAGCAUAUUAA